AUGGAAGGCUUCAACCAGACAGUGACCCAUUUUGUGUUCUUAGGACUGACCAAUCACCGGAGCCUGGAGCUGGUUCUAUCAGUCAUUUUCUCCAUCCUCUACUUACUUAUCCUAGCAGGCAACCUCCUCAUUAUAGUGACGGUGGUAUGGAAUUGCUGCCUCCACACCCCUAUGUACUUCUUCUUGGCGAACCUCUCAUUCAUUGACAUCUGCCAUUCCUCCGUCACAAUGCCCAAGAUGAUUUUUGACUGCUUCUUCCACCGGAAGGUCAUCUCUUUUGGGGGUUGUGUCACCCAACUUUUCUUCCUUCACCUGUGUGCGUCGGCGGAGAUCUUCCUCCUGACCAUCAUGGGCUAUGACCGUUGUGUUGCCAUCUGCUACCCUUUACAGUACGUGAACCUGAUGAACCUGAAGAUCUGCGGGGGUUUGCUCGGAGCCUUGUGGGUGGGGGCAACGCUCCACUCCCUGAUCCAGACAGCCCUCACCGUCCAUCUCCCUUAUUGUGGCCCUAAUGUCAUUGACAGCUUUUUCUGUGAUAUUCCUCCACUCAUGAAGUUGGCUUGUGCGGACACCUACUUCGCCGGUGUUCUCAUCAUAUCCAGCAGUGGUCUGAUGUCCCUAGUUUGCUUCGUGAUCUUGGUAGCUUCUUAUGCCAUCAUCCUCAUCUCCCUGGGAAGGCAGACAGCGGAGGGUCGUCAGAAAGCCUUCUCCACCUGUGCUGCUCACCUACUUGUGGUGACCCUGUUCCUGGGACACUGUAUCUUCAUCUACACCCGCCCCGCUUCCACCUUCCCAACGGACAAACUGGCUGCUGUCCUCUACACCAUGGUGACCCCUUUCCUCAACCCUGUGAUCUACACUCUGAGGAACAAAGAGGUAAAGAACUCCAUUAAGAAACUCUGGAACUAG